GGGAUAAAUGUAUACGUACUGACCUACGAAGCUUUUAGUACAAUUCCAAAGAGCUAAGCGCGUUCAAGUGUAUAGGCGCGAUUAUAAUAAUAAUAAUAAAAAUAAUAAUAAUAAUAAAUUAAAAAUAGUAAUGAAAAUAUUCCCGUAAAUUUAUUAAAUAAAAUAAUAAUAAUAAUUGACUGAGAAGUCGGUUCUAGAAUUAUUUACAAAAUUUUUUUCCUUACGUGUUAAAUUAUUUUUUCGAGGGGCAGGUGUGUUAGUUCACUUACUUCACUUCGAAAGGGUGGUUGCUCAUGGAGGUGCUCCACCGGCCGGUCUUCGUGGUCGUUUUCGAUCAACGAAGACAAUUUAUGAUAGUUCUACUAUUGUUUUUAAUUUCCUGUGUAUCGAGUCAAUUAGAUUUACCUCCCUUACAAGAUGAUAGAAUAAAUCAGGAAAAAUAUAAUCAAGACAGAUAUAAUUCAGAUGGUUAUAAUAAUCAAGAUAGAUAUAAUCAAGACAGGUACAAUCAAGACAGGUACAAUCAGGACAGAUACAAUUCAGACAAAUAUAAUUCCGAUCGAGGACAAUUUACAACGAGGGAAUCGGAUUUUAGAAAUAUUUUGGCAAAAUUAGAUUUUACUGGCGCUGAAAGAUGCAGCGCAAAUGUUGGAGCUCAAUGGAAUUAUGAGACAAAUGUCAAUGAUUACACACAAAUUCAAGCGUUGGAAGCUCAACAUUUGUACGAGGAUUUUCAAUAUCAAGCUUGGCAUCUAAUAAAUAGAAUAGAUUGGCGAAAUAUUCGUGAUCCAGUAAUUAGACGACGUCUUAGAUAUUUAUCUACUGUUGGACAUGCUGCUUUUACACCUGAUCAAUCAGACCGAUACAAACGAGUUUUGAACGAUAUGUUACUUAUUUACAAUAGUGCAACAAUAUGUGCCUAUAAUGAUCCUUUCCAUUGUGGAUUACGACUAUUUCCAGAUAUAUCACAUAUUAUGGCUAAGAGUCGUAAUUGGGAUGAAUUGCAAUAUGUUUGGCUCGAAUGGAGAAGACGCAGUGGUAUCAAAAUGAAGGAUCUUUAUCAGCAAUUGGUCCAAUUGAACAAUGAUGCUGCGCAAUUAAACAAUUUUACGAACGCCGCUGAAUUAUGGAUGUUUCCAUAUGAGACACCAAACUUUGAUCGAGAAAUUGAUCAAGUCUGGGAAUCAAUUAGUCCUCUUUACGAAGAAUUACACGCUUAUGUUAGAAGAAAACUUCGUGAUCUUUAUGGACCUGAAAAAAUAAGUGGCCACGCACCUCUACCAUCACACAUUCUUGGUAACAUGUGGGGUCAAACCUGGUCGAAUAUCGUUGACCUAACACUGCCCUAUCCUGGUAAAAAUUAUUUAGACGCUACACCGGAAAUGAUUGCUCGUGGAUACACGCCAAUUGACAUGUUCCGUAUUGGAGAAGAAUUUUUCCUUUCUUUGAAUAUGAGUGCAAUGCCACCAGAAUUCUGGGCCGGAAGUAUAAUAGUUGAUCCUGGUGAUAGGCCAAUUAUUUGUCAAGCAUCCGCCUGGGACUUCUGUAAUCGAAUUGAUUACAGAAUCAAGAUGUGUACUAAGGUCACAAUGAAAGAUUUGAUUACGAUACAUCAUGAGAUGGCCCAUAUUCAGUACUUUCUACGCUAUAGUCAUCUUCCUCGUGAGUUCCGUGACGGAGCGAAUCCAGGAUUUCACGAAGCAAUUGGUGAAGCUAUCGCUUUAAGUGUCUCAACGCCACAUCAUAUGCAAACAUUGGGAUUGGCCAAUAAAUAUAUUGAUGACAGUGAGGCGGAUUUAAAUUAUCUAUUUGCAAUGGCAAUGGAGAAAAUUGUACCACUACCAUUUAGCAUUGCCAUGGAUAAAUGGCGAUGGGAUUCAUUUACAGGGACAGCGCAUCGUAAUAAUUUCAACUGUCAUUGGCAUCGACUCAGAGAACAAUAUAUGGGCGUGAAGCCGCCCGUUUUGCGUUCGGAAAAUGAUUUUGAUCCUGGAUCCAAGUACCAUAUACCUGCCAAUAUUCCCUACAUUAGAAAUUUCGUUGGUGGAGUUUUGCAGUUCCAAAUUUAUCAAACACUCUGUCAAGCCGCGGGUCAACGAUUUACCAACGAUCCAAGAAAACCACUUCAUAGAUGUGAUUUUUACAAAAGUCCGGAAGCUGGUCGAUUACUGGGGAGAUUAAUGGAAAAAGGCUCUUCAGUACCGUGGCAGCAGACUUUAGAAGAAGCUACAGGACAAUUUCGAUUGGAUGGCGAAGCGGUGAGAGAAUAUUUUAGACCACUUGAAGAAUGGCUGAGAUCAGAAAAUUUAAGAACUAGAGAACUCGUUGGAUGGACUUAUGAUGGUGACUAUUGCAAGCUCAGCAUAGAAACUGCAGGUCUCGAGGUAUCCGGUAGUGGCUAUUAUUUUGCGGCAGCAACUUCCAUUAAAUGUGACAAUAUCCUUGCAAUUCUAAUUUUAAACAUCAUGAUCGUAUUUCGACUGCUCUAAAAAAAAAUUUUUAAAGAAUUUAAAAAAGCUCUAUACCUUAUAAUUCACAAUUAUUUUGGGAUGCUUUUUUUCAAAAAAAAAAAAUUAAGAAACAAGAAAAACAAUAAAAUUUGAAUAUUUGGACCAUAUUUUUUGUGUAUGAUAAUAGGUAGGGUCGGAAUGCGGAACAUGCAUGUUGUACAAAUCGUGACAUUAAUUCUGUCGCAAGCCAAACCAAUAUUACUGGUGAACGUGUCAUUAUAUACUCCUUCCUGGAAAGACAAACUCGAAUGUGCCUUUAUAUUCGCAAAUUUUUUUUUUCUUACCAAAGAAAAGGAAAAAAAAGUAUAUAAGAAGUAGAUUUUCAUUUGUAUACGCAAAAAACGAGUGUUGAGGAAUUAUAAUUUAAUAAUAAAUAAAAAAAAUACUCGUUUUUAAUCAGCGAUUAAAAUUUUAGAAAAUUUAUAUAUAUAAAAGCUCGAAAAUAAUAAACUAAAUUUGAAUUAGUGAGAACUAAUUUAAAUUAAAAAAAAAAAAAUUUUUUACUAUCACAGAAAAUUAAAAGGCAUUAAAAUUAGCUGCAACGCUUAUUAUUUUAAUCCAAUUUUGCUUAUUUUAAUUUAUUUUGUUAUUAAAAUAAGCAAAAUUGGAUAAUAAAAAAAAAUAAACAGUGCAGCUUAUUUUAAUACCUUUUAAUUUUCUGUGAUUUUUUAAAAACUUUUUAGUAAAUUUUUACUAAAACUUUUUAGUAAAAGAAAUAUUACUAAAUUAGUAAUAAUUCUAACUAAAGUAACAUUUUAGAAAAAAAAAAAUUAGUGAAAAUUUAUAAUUAGUUUUUAGGCAUUUUUCACUAAAAACUGCAGUAAAAAAAAUACCAUUGAUUUAGUAAUACUUUCAUUAAAAUUAUUAUGAAUAUUUUACUAAAAAUUAGUGAAUAUUUCUACUAAUUUGAAUUUUACUUAAUAAAUUCUCUCUAAUUCAAAUUUAGAAAAUAAUAAUAAUUCCCCAUCGUCGGAUAUUAAUUGACUAAAAGUAUAAUUUUUUUUCAACUUUUAUAAAUGCCAAUAAAAUUCAUAAACAAAGAAGUUUCAUAAAAAAAAAAAAUUAAUCAGAACUUUAUUAUGAGAUAAAAGGGGGGAAAAAAAUUCAAUUAUUUCAACUUUUACAUUUUCUUUGCCUAAUUUCCGACGAUAAUCUGCUGUCAAGUUUAAAAUCAUAAAAAAAAAUUCUUCUGCUCAUUUUCAUAACUAAUUUUCUAUUAUAUAUAUGUAUAAAAAUUAUUUACUUUUGUGUAAUGUAGGCGAGUUUAAUUCGCUUUGGAAUUAUUUCAUGUAACCAAUGAAUGCAUUCUUGAAUCAAUGAGUAUUUAUUUUAUCAGGAUAUAUGUAUACGACUGUUUAGCUAGAGGCAGUUUUUUUAUUUAUUUAUUUUUUUUUUUUUUGCUUGCCUUUGCGAAAUUUGUUCCUGCGUGCGGAUCAUUAAUUUACAAAACAGUCAAUACAUGGUAAUUUAUCACUUUGUGAUUUACAAUUUUUAUAAGCAAGCUUCAACGAUAUUUACACUUUUUUUUUUUUUGGGUGAAAUAUGUAAAAUCUGUGACAAGUGCUAAUUAUUUAAGUUAUUAUCUAUUUUAAGUAUAUUAUUUUUAAAGAAAUGUCAUAUAUAUAUAAUCGACUAGUUACGUUCUUUUAAAUAAAUGUUGUUAAAAUACAAA